AUGGCGUUGAAACACCCUAAACGGCAACGACCAUUAUGCCUGUUUAUACGGCGCUUACCGCACGAUAUCACUGAAGUCAAGCUGAAGGGCAUUAUUCUUGAGCGAGUUGGUUGUGGCGAUGUGGGGGAUAUGAUAGAUGUUUCUGUCCUUCGCGGUUGCCCACGCCGUGGUGACCGACCACAUGUUCUUUCCACAGCCAUCAUUGCCUUGUGUCCAGUGCAAGAGGGCGACAAAAAUGUCGCGAAUCGUGUGGUUGAAGUGGUAAAAGAAAUCUUUGACGGCCGUGUGGUUUUUGAUGGGGGCGACGAUGUCCCCGACGCCAUGGCGUCAGUGGUGGAGUGGGUGCCGGUGUAUUUUGGCAUCUCAGCUCCUAUCAGGCAUGGUGCGGCUGGGAAGAAAACUAAAAAUAUUGCACCGCUGGAGUGUCGUACUGGCAACGUUGAAGAUGAUGAGGAUUAUAAACGCUUCUGCGCAGGAUUAGAGAAGGCGGCAUGCGAGACGCAAUCCGAAGAGCGAAUGGAAGAGACACAAGAGCUCGGCUGUGAGCCAACACCUGAGGCCGCGCCGAAGUCUCUUCUUGUGCAGGAGCUUCUUGCCGAGUGUGGGCAUCUGAAGAAAGUGAAGAUGAUAAAGACGAAGAGGAAGGAGAAAAAGAAGGAAAAGGAGAGGGCAGGGAAAAGGAAGAGGACAACGACGAAGGAGGCGGCGAAGCACGAUAAAAAGGAGUUGCUAAAGAAACCGCCUCGCCAGAGUAAACAGGAAGGAAAUGAGGCAGCGGCACCGGAGGAGUUCAAAGCGGAGGGGAAGAAGGUGCGCAGGCUGCGAAUAAUCAAGGCGGAUGAAGGCGGUGAGGCGCUGGCAGAGGUUGGCGGCACACAGAAGGAAAUAGGCGUGGACGCAGAGUCAACGAAGGCACGACGGCGUAAGCGGCAGCGAGAGAUGAAAAAAGGGCUGCGGCGGAGGGUCAAACAGAGGGAUAAGGAGGCACAGGUUGCUGCUGAGGCGGAGUCUGAUCGGGGCAAAGCGAACGCGCGUCGUAGGGUGAGAAAAAAGAACCGCCAGAAGGCGGAAGGCGAGAAGACGGGAAAAGCGAAUACCGCCGAAUUGUCGAGAAGAAAUUCAAAAGAGGGAAAAAAACAUGCAGGGGAAAGCGGACAGCAGAAGAAAGAGCCGACACGAAGGAAAAACAAAAUGAGGGCGCGGAAUAAACAUCGUCCACGGGAGGAGGGAGGGUGGAGUAGCCAUGAUGCCCCAACAACAUGA